GCAGAGCCGCAAGUCUGCAAGUAUUUGUGCUGCGCUUAGCUCCCCAGAUGAAUUUCUUUGCCUGGAAUACAAGGACGCCAUUUCGCGGUGACUGAACAAGUUAAUCUUAAGUCUUAACACCAAGCGGAUUAACCCCACAGACGGCGGGAGUCGACACGCUAAGCCCUACCCUUCCUGCUAGUAUCGCCAACACUCCACCAUGCCGGGCGAAGAUACGACGCCCUCGCGAACACCCAGUGAACCACCCCGCCAGUCCCUCCGCAGGCAUGUCGCUGGCCGCCGCCCUCGGACUCGACAAUCGCGUCUUGACCCGCCCGCUUGACGACUGGGUCCAGCAACCCGACGUUUCCGCCCGAUUAGUCCUUUUCGACGAGGAGUACCUGCAGGGACUCCCGCAGACGGAUACAGAGCAUCUGUUACGUGCGACGAGUACGAUUAAGAGCGGGUCGUCGAUGGCUCCUGCCCUCCUCCAUCAGCACAGCCCAUCGACACACCCUCCUUCACUCCGCUCGUGUAUCACAGAUGCAACCGAUGCCACACCCACCGAGACGAGCAUAAGCACUGGGCUCGUCAGCCAACUUUCUGGCGUCCCGCUGCUCGAAGACAAUAAUGGCGUGCUGGAGAUACCCCCCGCACACUUCAGAACACCCGUCUACGAAUGCGCUUUCUGGUUCUUGAACUGCAACUACGUCUCCCAGAACAAAGACGAAUGGGAAACGCACUGCCACGCACACUUCCGCGGCGAGGAACCACCCUUAACCGCCCAAUGCCCGUUGUGCGACUGGGAAGUGACGUGCGAUCAAGGUCGGCAUGCGUGGAAACUGCGUAUGGACCACUUGGCGUACGAACAUACUAUGCGCGGCCAGACGUUGCGAACAUCGAGACCAGACUUUCGGCUCUUCGAAUACCUGUGGCAGAGGCGGUUGAUCGAUAGUGAAGACCUGAAGGAGCUCAAAGGCGGAAACCAUAAUUUGACACGCCCGCCUGGGAAUUUUGUCGAGAUGAAUGGGAGUAGGCGCGAGAGAGAUGGCAGGAGACAUCGGGCGCAGCAUGCGAGAGUGUCGAGGCCACCCGAACCGCGCCGGUACUGAUGGUGAUGGAGGAUGUUUGGUGUGCCUCACGCCAUCUCUUGCCACCACUUCUU